UUUAGAAAAUUAGCAUGUAGUAAAUAUUUUCUCAAGAUUCGCACUGCAAUUAAGAAGCCAAUUAAUAAAAUUUUGCAGAAGAAUUUAUAAAUGCUUUCGAUAUAAGUGUGUUUUGCAAAAAUUGCAAUACCUAAAUGACUACUUGUGAUAUGAAGUUGUUGUUUAGCCAUUAUUUGCAAUGUGAGAUAAAUUAGUAGUAUCAAGAUGAUAAAUGUGACGAUUCAAACUUAAAUAAUAUUAAAUAAUAUUUUUAAGGAAAUAAGAUAAAAGAUAAAGAGCAAAUUGAAAAUACUCGGACAUAAUUGGACAUAAAUUAGUUACGAGAAUAAAUUUUGAUUAAAUCUGAAUUAGGUUAAAGCAGUAAAGAAUAAUAUUAAUCAACAAUAAAUGAGUACUUAAUAAAAGAGAGAAUAUAAUCUAUGAGUGAAAUUACAAAUAUAUCGCUUAUGAAAUUUUUAUAAUAGGAGAAAGCAAGUUUAUAAAGAAUAAAUGCAAUUUCGUAAAUUAGGAAAAUUUUAAAUCUACCUCAAACACAUUAAAUCUGUCUGCAAUAUUAAGUAUUAAGAAAAUAAGCAAAAUCAUAAUAAACAAAACAUCCCCAUUAACCUUGGAAUCUUUGUUUUAUUUAGAAAGUAUAAAUAACGUUUAACAAGUUUUUAGAUGACUUGUGCAGAAAUUAAAAAGAAAUAUUAGCAUAUCGUAUCUAUAUACUCUAUGAGUUAGCAGCAAGAAUAUCUGAACUUAAACAAAUUACAUUUUAAAUGAUAUUAACUGGACAAGUUACAUAUUUACCAAAUAAGCAACGCAAAUAAGGACCUAAAGCAAUAAGAAAUUUCAUAAUUUCUGAGGAGGUGAUUAUGCAAACAUAAAUUUUUAUGAAUAGAAAUAAAAUAAAUAUAGCAAAUACCCUCAAUAUAGGGUACUAGAAUUAAACAAAUAAAAUCAAAAUCAUUUCAAAAAUAGUUGAGAUAAGCAUGCAAUUCUUUGUUAAAAGUAAUUAGAGAUGAAAAUACAGAUUAUAAGUAAUUUUUAUCAAAAAUUUAAUACCAUGAUUUGAGACAUACAAAAUUAAGUGAGAUGCAUAAAUCUGAAAUAGAUCCCAAAGUGAUUUAAUAGUUUGUAAAACACUCAAAUAUAAAAAUAACAGAAAUGUAUUUGAGGAAUAUUGAGUUGGAUUCCAUUAUUGAUUUAAAUAGCGG